AUGUUGGCCUACCUGUUGUGUCUUGCCGCCGCCUGUCAUGCUUGGCCCUCGUACGGCGGCCUCCGAGAUCCUAGCAAUUGCAACCCGCUGGCCAAGGAUUCACGCUGCUCUCCCGAUCCGGCUUUUGCGGGAAAGACGUCGUUCAACUUUGACGGCGCCAGCUACAACCAAGACUUUGAAAAGUUUUGGAUCGUCGACGACCAGACAAAGCAGGACCGCGAUAAUCGCUUCAAAUUUGCCGGUGACGGUAACGGUUUGGAGGUCCGCAUGACGGAGCCGAACCAGGCACCGACUCUGACCAGCCACCAAUACCUCUUGUUUGGCAAGGUCACAGUCAAAGCCAAGGCUGCCAGGGGCGCUGGCCUCGUCACCACAAUCGUUUUAAAGUCUGACUCUGGCGAUGAGAUUGACUGGGAGAUGCUCGGCGCGUUCCAGAACCAGGCCCAGUCCAACUACUACUACAACAGCCAGCCGCUCUUCAACACCUACAACACCACCUACGCCAUCUCCUCGUCCUCGUACGACGACUUUCACACCUACACCGUCGAGUGGACCGACAAGUUUCUCAAAUUCUCCAUUGACGGCGCCGAGCGCCGCACCUGGCAGCCCGGCGAGAUUCCCGCCGAAAAGUGGCCGCAGACGCCGAUGCGCCUCCAGCUCGGCCUCUGGGCCACCUCGCCCUCGGACGACCCCGGCGAGAUUGCCUGGGCCGGCGGUGUGCCCAUCUGGUCAUCCCAGGCCUCUGUCGCCGCUGCCGCUGCUUAUUUCCACUCGGUCCAGGUCGAAGACUACGCCGGCUGGUGCGACGAGUUUGAGCAAGGGCCGCCGAUCGAGUACAGCUACGACGGGGAGAUGAAGAAGGGAUGGGCCGACGUGCGCGUCGCCGGGUGCCGCAAGAGGCGCGAGCCGGGUGUCACGGCGUCGCCGCCUGCCCCGUCAGGUACGUCGUCUGCCUCUUCCAGUGCGUCUGCGACAAUGACGGACAAUGCUGAGCCCACAGACAAAGGCGACGGCAGCGACAAUCCCGACGAUAACGAGGGUUUGGGCGCAAUGGUCGCGCCACCUGCUUUCCUGGCAUUGAUGGCUGGUAUUGGUUGCAUGCUGUGCUUUUGGUAA